GACAGACACAGCUUCUACUUUUUUUUUUUUGUAACUCGGAAUAAGGGGAGUUGGCUUUAGUUUUUUUCCAAUGGAUAUGACCGACACAUCGGCCAAGCAUCUGUCCUUCAGUGGCGGCGAGUGGAGGCGGACGUUGAGCAGACGCGGUUGGCGAUUCGAGGAGGAGAAGCAGGGGAGAGCGCACGCGAAUGGCGGAGCGGAGGGCUGGGGUCGUCGCCGGGGUCGGAGGGUGGAGAUGCAGAGGUCGACGGUGGGCGAGAUGAUUUUGUUGCUGGGCUGGUGGCCUACUUCGCGAGACCGCGACGGGAAGGAUGCAUACGGUUCGGCGCAACGCUUAUCGCGAUGGGAAGCAAGAGAGGGCGAGGUGCAGGGACGGCGACGUGGCGGCAGAGGCGAGGUGGACGGAGACAGAGGUGCGGCGGCGGCGAUGUGGACAGAGGUGCGACAGCGGAGGCUAGGUUGACAAAGGGGGGAGAGUUUUGUUGAGAUCUAGGGUAUGAGGAGAGUGGAGGUGGAGAUGAUGGACAGAUUUUGGGGAAGGUUAGGUGGAUCUCGGUUGGGACCGGUUAGUCGGAUAACCACGAUUAAUCAUCGUCAAUUACUCGGUCAACCGACCGCCAAGGUAACCGGUCGGUUUUCGAUUAGUUUGUAACCGACCGGUUUUUGUUAUAACCGACGGUUACCCGCUAACCGGCAACCGAAAUGCCAGCCCUAUUUAAAUCUUCCCAAAUAACCAUAAUUAUCCCAAAAUAUCCAAAACAUCCAUAAAUCAAAAAGCGCUAGAAAUGUGAAAUGCUAAAGAAAUAGUCCUGCAACAUUUUGCAAGAACUAGAGCAAUCGUGAGGCUCGAGACCAGAGAUUGGAAGGAGUAUUUGACAUAACAUGAGUUUUUCCAAAAAGCAUCUAAACCAAGUAACCCAAAAGUUCAAUAAAACUAUAGUUAUCACAAGCAAUUGAAAUUUAGUCUUGCAACAUCAUUUUAUCUCAACUAUUAAAUUAAUUUAAGAGUUGGGAUUUAUUUAUUGAUAAUCACAUAAGUGUGAGUUAUGCAACCAACCUUGAUUAAGGUUCGAAAGAGAAUUAAAUAUUUUCUUUUACAAGUGUAAAUAGUAAAGAUGGACAAGCAACUGAGCCAUUUUCAAGAAACUCAAACCAUUGUGGGUGUUUGAUUGAUGUGGUUGAAUUAUGGUUCUGUAAAUCUCCUAUCCUACUAAUAUAGGUGGAUGAUGGGUGGGUUGCGGAUUACUUGAAUGUUCGCACUUCACUUUCACAUCGCAAAAAGUCAUUUAAUUUUUGGGUUAAUACUUUAUUUUGACCCGAACUAUGACCAUAUAAUCAACUUUGGGCAGUGGUUUCAGAAAUUAACAUUAUGACCUCAACUAUGCAACAUAUAGACUCAAUUGACCCGAUACAUGGUUUGACCGUCAAUUUGGACAGUCAACACCGUUGACCGUUAGUCAACACGCCAUGUUAUUGUCUUGUCAGCCUAAAAAUGAUAAAUAAUAAAAAUUAGGAAAGGUGGGUCCAUCGCUAGGCCAAUAAAGUGAGUGUGCCUCUUUCCAUCGUUAGUAGAAGUGGAAGUUCGUCCGUCGUCUCUAGAGAAUCGAAAAGACUAUUCGCAAGAUGAGCAAGAAUUUGGUUGACUCAUUCGGCUUCUUUGGAACCCUAUCUUGUAAGGGCUUGCUUAGCUUACUAAGGUUUAGAAUAUGUGAGCCCGAAGGGCGAAGGCGAAGGAUUUUUUCGUUGAUUGCACGAGCUAGCCAGUCAAAAUUCAAAUUAUUUUCCUAAUUUUUAUUAUUUAUCAUUUUCAAAUUAACCAAAAAAUUCAAUUAUUUUUUUUAAAUAAUUUGAUAAUUUUUUGUUAUUCAAAUUAACCAAUGACAUGGCGUGUUGACUAACAGUCAACGGUGAAGACCAUCCAAAUUGAAGGUCAAACUAUGUGUCGGGCCAAUUGAGUCUAUAUGCCGCAUAAUUGAUGCCAGGAUGUUAAUUUCAGAAACCACAGGCCAAAGUUAAUUAUAUGAUUAUAAUUCGGGCGAAAAUAAAGUAUUAACUCUUAAUUUUUCUUAAAUGGGACCCACUAACCUUGUCAUAUUUGUUAACCACACCACAUUAAACAUUGUUAUAGAAUUUUUCGUAAAUGGGACCCACUAACCUUGAAUCUUGGUUAUCGAUAUAUGAUUAGUGACUUAUUUUUCUCUAUUAGCGAGUAAUUCAAUGAAAGUAACCAAAUUAAAUAAGUUGGUAUCAGUAAUAGAUAAAUUGUACACAUCACAAGUUAUAGUCAAUUUAAUGGAAAAACCGAAAAGUGCUAAAUUGCUAUAAUAUUCUAAUUUUCCUGAAAAUUAUUGUAAAUUUAGUCAACUAACCUAAUGGUCAACUUGAAAAUUGCUUUUGUGGUCAAAUCUGCAAUACAAACACAUUCACAUACCACCCAUCCAACCCAAACUGAAAGAAAAUGUGGAUGGAUGAAAAAUGAGUCACAAUUAUAUCAACCAGUUAAUAAGUAAUCAGUAGAUUUUCAAACUAGAAUCCACCUAAUCCUCUAUAAUAAUAAAAUGAGAGUUGAUUGACACCAUAGAAAAUUUGAAUCACCCUACUGUCUGUUGGAUCUCAAGUGGAUUUUCUUUACUUAAGUGAUCAUAAAGUAACUACAUGAAGAAUAUUUAGCAAGACUUUCGAUCUAUAUCAAUGUGGUCGCUUAUUUGUUGGUGGUGAUGGACGAGGACGAUGAUGAGAUACUAAAAAGAUAUUUGAUAAGAUGACAUGUGUUUUUAUUUUAAUUUGGAUCAACAUCUUUGUCCUUAGCAAAAAAAAUGGAAGCUAAAUUAUGUGUUUCACUAAAUCUUAGGAACCUAAAUGCCAGUGUGAAUGCUGACAGGCCAGGGAGGAGUGGACAACCCACGUUGUCCAACUUAACUAACGGAGAAGCCAUUCGGAAAACGUGCUUGUCAUUCACAACUUAGAUUAGCGGUUGAGAAGCCAACAAAAAUGACAUGUUUGGGAUAUGGUUUCGUGUUUUUAAGAUCCCCAAAAUCCAACAUAUUCCAUGUUGAAAACUCGGUGCCAAUUAAAUGCAAAUUUAGAAUCCAGACUCUUAAUCACUCCUUUUUAUUGUCUUCGUCAUUAAUUCAUUUCCAUGAAAAGAUAAUUUCCUUCACAAAUAGGUUCGCCUAUUCCGCCAAAAAUGAAUACACUUUCAUGAUGUUUCUCAAAUGUUGUUGAUUAAUUUCAUAACUAUUACCUACUCCAACUCCCCUGAGUAAUCCAAUUUUUCCACCACUACGAUAAGGGACUAAGAAAUCUACUACUUAAAUACUUGUCUCAAAAUAAAUAAUGUUGUAUCUAACUGUACGAAGGCGGGCACAGGUCAAUGAAUAUGAGAUGUACAAGUAUCUACCAGACCUAAUUUAUCAAUAGGUUCUCCAUGCACGUUGAAAAAACGCCCUAGACUUGCUCUGCCAAUAGGCACAAUACUUAAAGGAGUUCUCGUGUCAAUUACUUCAAUUCCUCACAUCAAACCAUAUGCGGCACUCAUAGAUAGAGCCCGAACUCGAUUAUUUCCUAAUAAUUGCUACACUUCACACGUCACAUUAAUUUCUUGAUCGAUGAGGUCUUGACCCUUAACCAGGAGAGCAUCGUAAAUAGGUAUCUUCCUCAGUGAAAAGCUACAUCUAGUACCAGGCUGAUUAUUUGAUAGAUAUGUACAUGGUUGUUUUCUCAAUUGCAGAAACCCCAGAAUCAAAAGUAGUAGUAUUGAUUCUUAAAAUAAUUAAUAAAAUAAUUAUGUCAAUUCUCAUGAAAAUUUUAGAGUCCAAAAUAUAGCAAUGCUCUAUGGAAUUUGAUCGAUUAAUUCAAAAAUAAAUGCGAGGUUGCCUUUGAUUUUGUUGAGACCAUCACAAGAAUUCAAUUUGAUUGUUUACUUUUAUUUUCAAUCUCAAUGAAUCAAUUUAACAUGA